CCAACAGGACGAGUUGAGAAGUGAAGCGCACUCGGGGUUUAUUUUUGUUUUGCUUUUUGCGAGUGUACCGACUUCCAGCUCUCCUACCGGGACGCUCGCCCACCGCAUGCCGGCCAAGCUGCACUGACCGGCGGCUCGCUCACUUGCUCGCGUCUCGCUGUCAACAGUUUUCUCUUAAAAACAUGGAUUUCUGGCACCGAUGGACGGACUAAUAUAAGACAAAAACCCCGCUUCUGGCACUUUGUACCGGACUUGGAAAUAAGACUUUUUUUUUUUUUUUUGGACGAAGAGAGGGGACAUGCAGAAGUUUAAUGCCCGCGGGAGCAGCGCUCUGCCCCGGAUCACUGACAGCGAGGGGGCCGCGGAGGGCAAGGAGAACGGGGCUGGGAAACACUUCCUCGGCCAGGCUGGGGACGAGGAGGAGGAGGAGGAGAGCUCCAUCUGCACCAAGAGGAAGAUGCUCGUCGGCUUGGAUGUAAUAUGCUUGUGUGUCGCCUCCAUCCCAUUCUUCGCGUGCGAGCUGAAGGCCGUGACGCCAUACAGACGGGGAUUCUUCUGCGGGGACGCCAGCAUUACGUAUCCCUACGUGGAGAGGGAGGCUAUCCCGGAUAGCCUGCUCAUCGCUGGCGGUAUCGCCAUCACCGGCCUCACGAUCGCACUGGGCGAGUGUUACCGGGUGCGUUUCCGAGGCGUGCGCUCGCGGGCGUUUGUGGCCAACCGCUACGUGUCGUGCUUGUACAAGGAGCUGGGCAGCUUCCUGUUCGGCUGCUGCGUGGGCCAAUCGCUCACCAACAUGGCCAAGCUCAGCGUGGGACGCCUGCGGCCCAACUUCCUAUCGGUCUGCAACGUCACCUACGCGUCCAUCGGCUGCACGCCGGGCAGCUACGUGUCCCAGGUCACCUGCCGGCAGCCCAGCCAGAAGAUGGUGGAGGAGGCCAGGAAGUCCUUUUUUUCCGGCCACGCGUCCUUCGCCAUGUACACCAUGCUCUAUCUAGCAUUCUACCUGCAGGCCAGGUUGUCGUGGCGAGGGGCUCGGCUGCUGCGACCCCUGGUACAGUUCAUCUUGGUGAUGAUCGCCAUCUACACCGGACUCAGCCGCAUCUCCGACUACCGCCACCACCCCACCGACGUCCUCACGGGCUUCCUUCAAGGCGGGCUCACCGCAUACUGGGUGGCCUUCUACAUCUCCUCCAUGUUCAAGCCUGGUACUCGUCCAGACCUGACCCCCACCAGCAUGUCCCUGGAGAGUCCUCUGUCCAGCCAGCAGACUGUUUGUUAGCCCCGGGGGCUCCCAAGACCACGUCCAAGACCUCGGUGCUCGCCAACCGACAGACCAUUUUGGAAUUUUUUUUUGUUUUUUUUUACCAGAAAGGGAAUGGUUCCGAGGAGACGACGUGAUUACUCGUGGACGGAAGUACGAUCUAACACACAAUCAGUCCAAACACAAGAAGCACAUUUGACCUGAAAAGUCGAACCCGUCCGGUGAUGUUAUAGAUUAUUUUUUAAUGAAAUAUGUAAAAAUGUCGAAAAAAUAAGUAUAUUUUCCAGAUGAUUAUUAGAUGCUGCUAAUAUUGAUAGUUAACAACCUUUGUUUUUGUCUGCGGUGGAGGGUCCAGUCAGCCGUCCAAGCCAAACGUUGGCUUAUAAACCAUACAAAUGGCUGCUGUGUACAGUCCUGGUCCAUAGGUUGACGUACAUGGCUGUCUUGAGUCAUUUCUACAACUCUUAUUUUUUUGUGAUGUAGUGAUUGGAGCACUUACUUGUUGCUCACAAAAAAACAUUCAUGAAGUUUGCUUCUUUUAUGAAUUUAUUAUGGCUCUACUGAAAAUGUGAGGGUCAAAAGUAUACAUACAGCAAUGUUAAUAUUUGCUUACAUGUCCCUUGGCAGGUUUACCUGCAAUAAGGCAGCUUGAUCUGCUUGAAUUUUUGACCAGUUCAGCUAAAUGUGUUGCUUUUCUGACACGGACUUGUUUCUUCAGAAUUGUCCACACCUUUAAGUCAGGACCAUUAUGGGUUGGAGGAGGGAGUUGUGACGGCACAGUCCCACAAGGGGGAGGCCAUUCUAAAACCUUCAUUCUAGCCUGAUUUAACCAUUCCUUUACCACUUUUGAGGUGUGUUUGGGGUCAUUGUCCUGUUGGAACACCCAACUGCGCCCAAGACCCAACCUCCGGGCUGAUGAUUUUAGCUUGUCCUGAAGAAUUUGGAGGAAAUUCUCUAUUUACUCUCUGUAAAGCAGCAGUUCCAUUGGCAGCAAAACAGGCCCAGAGCAUAAUACUACCACCACCAUGCUUGACGGGUCAAAAGUAUACAUACAGAAAUGUUAAUAUUUGCUUACAUGUCCCUUGGCAAGUUUACCCGCAAUAAGGCGCUUUUGGUAGCCAUCCACAAGCUUCUGCUUGACCACUUGACCACAAAAUUGCUGCAGUUCAGCUAAAUGUGUUGCUUUUCUGACACGGACUUGUUUCUUCAGAAUUGUCCACACCUUUAAGUCAGGACCGUUAUGGGUUGGAGGAGGGAGUUGUGACGGCACAGUCCCACAAGGGGGAGGCCAUUCUAAAACCUUCAUUCUAGCCUGAUUUAGCCAUUCCUUUACCACUUUUGACGUGUGUUUGGGGUCAUUUUCCUGUUGGAACACCCAACUGCGCCCAAGACCCAACCUCCGGGCUGGUGAUUUUAGCUUGUCCUGAAGAAUUUGGAGGUAAUCCUCCUUUUUCAUUGUCCCGUUUACUCUCUGUAAAGCAGCAGUUCCAUUGGCAGCAAAACAGGCCCAGAGCAUAAUACUACCACCACCAUGCUUGACGGGUCAAAAGUAUACAUACAGCAAUGUUAAUAUUUGCUUACAUGUCCCUUGGCAAGUUUACCCGCAAUAAGGCGCUUUUGGUAGACAUCCACAAGCUUCUGCUUGACCACUUGACCACAAAAUUGCUGCAGUUCAGCUAAAUGUGUUGCUUUUCUGACACGGACUUGUUUCUUCAGAAUUGUCCACACCUUUAAGUCAGGACCGUUAUGGGUUGGAGGAGGGAGUUGUGACGGCACAGUCCCACAAGGGGGAGGCCAUUCUAAAACCUUCAUUCUAGCCUGAUUUAGCCAUUCCUUUACCACUUUUGACGUGUGUUUGGGGUCAUUUUCCUGUUGGAACACGCAACUGCGCCCAAGACCCAACCUCCGGGCUGAUGAUUUUAGCUUGUCCUGAAGAAUUUGGAGGUAAUCCUCCUUUUUCAUUGUCCCGUUUACUCUCUGUAAAGCAGCAGUUCCAUUGGCAGCAAAACAGGCCCAGAGCAUAAUACUACCACCACCAUGCUUGACGGGUCAAAAGUAUACAUACAGCAAUGUUAAUAUUUGCUUACAUGUCCCUUGGCAAGUUUACCCGCAAUAAGGCGCUUUUGGUAGCCAUCCACAAGCUUCUGCUUGACCACUUGACCACAAAAUUGCUGCAGUUCAGCUAAAUGUGUUGCUUUCCUGACACGGACUUGUUUCUUCAGCAUUGUCCACACCUUUAAGUCAGGACCGUUAUGGGUUGGAGGAGGGAGUUGUGACGGCACAGUCCCACAAGGGGGAGGCCAUUCUAAAACCUUCAUUCUAGGCUGAUUUAGCCAUUCCUUUACCACUUUUGACGUGUGUUUGGGGUCAUUUUCCCAACUGCGCCCAAGACCCAACCUCCGGGCUGAUGAUUUUAGCUUGUCCUGAAGAAUUUGGAGGUAAUCCUCCUUUUUCAUUGUCCCAUUUACUCUCUGUAAAGCAGCAGUUCCAUUGGCAGCAAAACAGGCCCAGAGCAUAAUACUACCACCACCAUGCUUGACGGGUCAAAAGUAUACAUACAGCAAUGUUAAUAUUUGCUUACAUGUCCCUUGGCAAGUUUACCCGCAAUAAGGCGCUUUUGGUAGCCAUCCACAAGCUUCUGCUUGACCACUUGACCACAAAAUUGCUGCAGUUCAGCUAAAUGUGUUGCUUUUCUGACACGGACUUGUUUCUUCAGCAUUGUCCACACAUUUAAGUCAGGACCGUUAUGGGUUGGAGGAGGGAGUUGUGACGGCACAGUCCCACAAGGGGGAGGCCAUUCUAAAACCUUCAUUCUAGCCUGAUUUAGCUAUUCCUUUACCACUUUUGACGUGUGUUUGGGGUCAUUUUCCCAACUGCGCCCAAGACCCAACCUCCGGGCUGAUGAUUUUAGCUUGUCCUGAAGAAUUUGGAGGUAAUCCUCCUUUUUCAUUGUCCCAUUUACUCUCUGUAAAGCAGCAGUUCCAUUGGCAGCAAAACAGGCCCAGAGCAUAAUACUACCACCACCAUGCUUGGCGGUAGGUGUGGUGGUCCUGGCAUUAAAGGCCUAACUCAUUUUCAUUCAUUACUUGUUUCUAUGUAAC